UAAUCAUCGGCGGUACCACCAAACUAUCGGGACUACCACUACUACUACUACUACAACUACACUACCUAUUACUACUAGUAUUGUUGUCGGCAUCGGCACCGGUAGUCCAUGGGGUCAAAUGUCCGCCAUCUAUGGUAAUCGUUCCGUGCAGUUGUGCCCAAUAUAUCAAUCAGAUUUCCUGCUGGAAUCUGAAACCGGAUGUCAACCUAACCCAUAUAUUUGUCAACUUGAGGAAAGCCGUCAGCAAUGGUAAUGGUGCCGAUGCUGAUGAUGGUCUGCCCAUCAUAUACGAUGAAUUCAAACUAAUUCAAUCCGAAUUUACCGAACUGGGAACGGGAGCUGAAGCCGAGGACAGUGGUGGCGGCGAUUUUUUUGCCGGUAUAGCCUUCGCUAAGAUAUCUAUAACAAAAAAUCCGCGGCUCCGGCGUAUACACAGCGGUGUAUUUCGGGCAUCGAGUCGUACGACAACAUCGUUGACCAUUAGCGAGAACCCAGUCCUGGGUAACGAUCCGCCCAACGAUCGCCAGAUUUUCCAAUUGAUCAACAGUUUUACGGGACUAACCGAAGUCUGGCUGACGGACAACAAUAUUACCCGAUUACCCGAUCGGGCAUUCGGUCGACCCCAACGAUCUCUAUCGUGGUUGUCCUUAAUCGACAACAAUAUCGAGUCUAUCGGUGAUUACGCUUUUCAUGGACUACCGGCUCUCAACUAUCUGCUACUCGAUGGCAAUCGUAUCGAUCGGAUAAGCGAUAAGGCAUUUGAUUUUACCGACGACAGCGGUAGUGAUGGUAGUGGUAGUGAUAGUAGUAAUCAGCAAUUGUUGCGACUGUUUCUACGGGACAACGAUCUCAAUGACCAAUCGUUUGCCGAUCAUACGUUUGAUCGGCUCCGGAGGCGACUACUGAUUGAUUUGACUAAAAAUAAUUUGACAUCACUUCGACCCGAAGUAUUUGCACCGGUAUUCCGGCGAAACGGUUCGGCAGUCAUACUCCGACACAACCCGUUGGUAUGCGAUUGUCGUUUCAAAUGGCUUCACGACCGACAUCUACUGUACAAUUCAUCCGAUCCCGACCGACACUAUUUCGUACACAGUGUCCAGUGUAACGGUAGCCGACACGACAAUCAUCGGCUCAAUGAGCUAACCGAUAAACAUUUCCAGCACUGUCCCCAGGAUGACCCCCAGGAGCUACAAGCGAUUAACUGUUUUCAUAAUAAUGGUGUAGACUAUGAUUAUCACCAGUGUCUCAAUGAUGAUAAUAAUCUACUGUUGUAA